GCUACAUCGUUCUAGUCAUAACCUUGCUAUUUAUAUAAACACCUACUUGAUGGAAGUUUUGUAAGUGCGGUUAGACCAUUAUAAGCUCUACAAAAUACACACAUUUUGGUGAAAUAACUGAAUGGGAAAUUGGUUUUCAAUACGGGGGAGGGGAGGGAGAAGCAGCGAUGAAGUUUUUUCAGUGCGUGCAUGUGAGGUGUUGGACCAUCUGGGCUACAGUCAAUCCAUGGUCCGUCACAGGCGGGAUGCUUGGAGAGAGAGGGAUUGUAUAGUAAACAACAACAUGCAUGUAAAAGACAUAACAGAGAUUACUGCGGGCAGUAAGUGUGAGGGAUUCACAGUUCGAUAUGAGAGUGACACUGAUAGAGUGUACCUAUACAAUUAUGCACGGUGUAGGAUACAAGGAGACGUUUCCAUAUCUCAAAAAAACCACUAUGAGUUCACAAUGAACAGUGAAAGCUGCCAUCCUGGAUACUUCAGACUGGAAUUGAAACACAUUGGGAACAUUGAGAAUUCUCAUAUUCAACAGGCUCUGUUUGUCGAUGACAAGGGCAGGACUUUUAUUUCAAGCGAAAAGUACAUGCUGUCUCACCUCAAGGGUAACAACACAAAGGAAACAGUUUCAGGACCAGCCGUGACUUGGCGUAGUGAAUAUGCAAAUGGAGACAAUGUAUAUGCCCUCCCCUGUACCAGUCAACAAAUGCUGCUUUCAGAGUGGAUCAACAGACGCAGACAUCACAACUGGCCAACACCUGACCUGAUAGAAGAAGUUUCCAAACUGGACGCCCAAAUGGUCCCUGUGGGCUGUAAAAGUAGUGAAAAUAAAGACAUUGAGUGGAGGAUCAGCUUCAACACCGGUGAGAAAAGGCUAACUGACAGCUGGAAUGAUAGCCAAUACAAAAUAUACAUCUUUUUCAGGUGGAUUAUGAAGUCCCAGUUGAAAUCAAUAUCGGAUGAAAUAUCAUCAUACAUAUUGAAAAAUAUCAUUAUGUGGUACAUAGAAACAAAUCCAGCAAAAAGAUUUAAGAACAAGUAUUUGCUUGAAAAUGUGAUCUCUUGUAUGAAGAACCUGCAAGACGCUAUAAAAACGAACCAACUCCGAUACUACAUGAUCCCGGGAAGAAACCUGCUGACAGGCAAAAUAAACCCCGAACAGCAACAGCUAUUGAUUGAAAAGCUUCACGAGCUGAUAACGGAAGGUCCGCAAGUGAUACUGAGAUGCCCCAAAGCGUAUGAAGCCCUGCAGAUGUCUCCAGCUGAGCUGUCAGAGAAGGGCCGCUGGCGGGACGAGCUGGAUAAGAUUGAAUUGGAGAGGGUGAACCUAUGGUGGCAAAACUGGGAACCUGGAAUUGAGUGGAAGGAGGUGACAAACCGGGCGUGGGGAAAUCCAUACUACAAACGUUUGUGGGAGAGAAUAAGGGACAUAGUCUGGCCUCUGUGGACAGAGUACGAGGGCAAUAAUCAGAAGGAUAUAGUCAUGAAGAAACUUACUGAUGCUCUAUCAUAGCUAAAUAAGGUCAAACACAUAAGUGAUGACAAGUUGACAAGCUCAUGCAUAUCAUUUAGUUUCUGUUAAAAGGAAGCAUAAAUAAGAAGUCUUCUUUAAGUUUGCAAUACGUACAUUCAUUUUCACUAACAUAAUUUCAAACCUUUGCUAUUCUACAAAUGAUAAUUUACUAAUAUUAAUUUCUAUUUUUGCACGUGUUAUGAAAUAAUUGAAUACGGUAUGUAUUCUUAUGUGUAUGCAGGCGUGCAUGCGAGUGCCGGAAUGAGUGUUUGUACAUGUGUUUUUUGCGUGUGUGUUUGUGCGUGUUCCUUUUUUCUAUUUGUUUAAUGAUUGGUAAGUAUUGCUUAUUGUGUUAACUAGUGUUUUUUUCCAGACGGUCACAUUGGAAAUAAGACGCGAGUUAUGUUAGGGUAGAAUGUGAUGCUUUUGUUUAUGAGUUACCUUUUAUAAUUAAUUAUUAUUAUUAUUAUUAUUAUUAUUAUUAUUAUUAUUAUUAUUAUUAUGGUGAUACUGAUUACAUGGAACAUAGUUUAACACAAAUUGCCAGAGAUUACCUUUAUUUACACUGGUUUUAAUACCAUGGGGACAACUAUUCUGACCGAGGUGUAUAAAGAUUUGAUAAACACUGUUGAAUUUAUGAAAGCAUUUAUUUCUCGAACUGAUCUAGUGUUUGACCAAAGCAAAAACAGUGUGCUUAGCUUGAUCUUGUUUCAAAGGACUUGACUCGUUUAAGAGAUAAGGGCUUUGUGUUGAUUACUUUGGAGCUGAACACUCCUCUGCUGAGGUUCACUGUUUAUCUGUGUAUUUCUGUUUUCCUAAUACUUACAGCUCCUCUAGUCCAUAAAGUUAUCAUUUUCGGCUAUGAAAUUAAUGGUUUGUGAACGUAUUUCUGUCAAGACAUUUCACUAUUAAACAAACAAUAAUGAUGAUCAUUGAUCAAGUUAAGCAGAGCACUUAAUAUGUCUUUUUAUUUUGGGUAAUCACUAUUGCCACAUCAAGUCUUGUGAUAUUUCUACAGAAGGCAUGCUAUCUCUCAAUACCGACCUCCUGUUUCCUGCUAAGACCAAGUAUUUUGACUGAUGUGUUUAGUCGACGCUUACUUUGGUUAUAAGGUUACAUUGUCAUUAUUUCAUGAGUUUUCUUUUGUGUAUGUAGGUUCAUAUGUAUGCAUAUUCGUAUGUUUCAUGUAAGAUGCAAUUUGCUCAAUAUUUUUGUCCUGAUAUGCUUUUUAGUUGCACACUUGGUUAGAAGAUACCAUCUGGUUUCAUUUUCUCCGUUACAUAGAUGCUGGUAAUGCUGCAUUCUGGGUAAAAUCUGAUGGAUCCUUCUGAGUUCUAAAUUUGAAGUAGUAGUGUUGUGAAUUUAGUUGAUAUGUCAUCUUCCCAAUCCAAUAUGAGUCUGCUGCUGCUUUGAACACUGUUUUCCACUUGCUUAUGGGUAAAUCAUCUUGGAGGUCUUCAGGAGAUGGAAAGUCGCAUUAACAUUAUAAACAGUUUGGUGAGAAUUAAUUGUCGUUUGGAUUAGCCAUCGCCAGCGUAUAAUUCAAUGGAGUCUAAGAAAACUUGUCAUGCAAUUUCAACCCAUGGUCAUGUCUGCAGGUUUGCAUACCAAAAGAGCAUAAACAGCUUCGGUUGAUUUCGUUCAGGAACUCUUUUCAUUUUCUGCCUUUGGACAUUUUCUAAUUUCUGGAGGAUUGUAUUUGUGAGAUGUUGGACUUCAAUUCCAUAGCGGUAACGGGGGCACAACAAGUUUUUUUUAUAUAUUGUACAAUACUUUGGGUGACAUUCAUCUUCUGUCGUGCAUAUCUGGGACUGUGCGUUCGGUAUAGGGUUUUGUGUGCUCUUUUUAACUUAACAUCUAGAUCUAUAUUGUUUCCAUUGUUGUGGUUACUAUGUUACUAUAUUCGUAUGUAUCAGGUUAGUAACACAAUAUUUACUGCCCUUUGUUUAAUGAAACUCAAAUUGGAGUCUUGAAAUAUUUGGUUCUUAGACAAUGAAUCCGUAGGCAGGGAAUAUCAAUUAUCAAAUUUGCAAGUUAAGUCCAGCUGGAAUUGCUUCUAAAAGAAAGGAGACAACGCAAAUGUAUCUUUAAUAUGACAAAUAAAGGGUGACAUCUCUGGUGUCUCUUGAUUGGAACAUGCUAAGAUAAUUAAUUACCAUUCCUUGGUGGUAACCAGUACUAAUCAGCGACGAAGC